AUGAAGCUCCUAAUACUCCUGUGUGUCUGCGUGCUCGCAGUAACUGCUCGUCAAAGCUGGGUUGAUGUCGAGCGUGAGAAGAUUGACGAUCAGUACUAUCAAGCUGGACGUGAAUAUGUCUAUUUGUACAACGGACAACUGUCGGCAGGUGUUCCAGAGGAAAGCGAUUCGCAUUCUUCAACUCGAUAUGAAGCAGUCUUCUCGCUUACCUUCCCUGAGGACGAGCACAACGCUGUUUUCUGCAUCAAGCACGUAAGAUUCGCUAGUCGAAACGGUGGACUUGCUAAGCAUCGUGAAGUGCAACCGUUCGAAGCGUUCGAUGAAAUCAAGCUUUCUGAGGGUGCUCGCAAAGCCCUCACUGCUCCACUCCGCUUCAAAUACGAUGAUGGCGUGAUCGGUGAGAUCGAAUUUGAUGGUGAUGAUGCGGACUGGUCAGAGAAUAUCAAGCGUUCUAUCCUGAACUUGAUUCAGAUCAAUAUGAAGAAGGGUUUGCAAAAAGAAAGUCGGGAGGACGAUUCAUCUGAAGAGAAAAUCGACAUCAAUAAAGAAGAAAAUGCAAAUUUCUACGUUGUGCAUGAGCGAACAAUGGAAGGUGACUGCGAAACAACAUACACAUUCAACAAAAGCCCAAGAGAUGAUAGCGAUAUAAUGAGAAUUACGAAGUCGAUAAAUUACAACAAGUGCACAAAACGGGUCGAUUUACGAUAUAACCAUCGUUUUGCUCAACCCAAAUGCGGUCACUGCGAGCUGAAUUACGACAAGGAGGAUGGAUUGAUGCCUAGCACAGCUAUCACUUACGAAGUACUCGGCAAUAGAGAAAAAUUCCUCAUCAAAAAUGCCGACAUUAAGACUGAUUACAUAUUCUCUCCACUCAAUCCCAAAGAUCUUGUGUUGGAGACAUUCAGUACCGGUACCCUCAGACUGCUGAAGGUUAAGAGCUUAUCAGAGGUUGUUAUGCCAAUGAACGGCAAAACCGAGACUCUUCUUUACAUUCCGUUACGUGUGAUCAGAGUGGAACGUUUUAUUAUGGUCGGAGAUGAGGAAUUGGAUGAGAAGCACGUAUAUUCGCAUGUCAAAUACAAGUAUGAAUUGGCUGAACAAAUGGUCAGACGCAUUGCUCGAGCAACAUCAAAUCCAGAGCUUGGUGUUGAGCCGGAAGCAGCACAUCAGCUCGCUCGUCUUGUUGAACUGUUUCGAUCAUGCACUAGCAAAGAUGUGCAACUUAUCAGUGAUGGUCUUUUCGAUGCUGAAGGUAAAUUCGACAAAAAGACUCAUCAGAAAAUCCGUGAUAUCAUUUUGGACGGAUGGUCUAUUGUAUCCACCUAUGAAACAAUGUAUGCUAUUGUUCAGAAGAUUCAGAAUCGACAAGUGAGUACCUUGAAAGCAGUUAAAACACUGCACAAUAUAAUGCUCAAUGACAUCGCCAUCUCCGAGAAACAAGUCGAUUUGAUCAUGGGAUUAUGCACACACGAAGUCAGUGAGCGCAAUCCAAUGCUCAGACAAGGAUGUCUUCUUACUGUGGGUGGAAUGAUUAGCGGUCUCUGUGCAAGAAUCAAUGACGAACAAGCAGUUGACUCCACUGAAAACAGAUGUCCACUUGGAAUGAAGCAGAAAUAUCACAGGAUGCUGAUUGAACUCUAUCGUAACGCGAAUACAAGAUACGAGAAAUUGUUGGCACUUAGAGUGAUUGGCAACGCUGGACUCGAUCUCAGCGUGUAUGAGCUCGAGAAGAUCAUCAAGGAUCGUUCGCAAGAGAGAAUCUAUCGCGUGCAGGCCAUUGACUCGCUCAGACGUUUACGCCCAGUGAUGCCACGUAAAGUGCAGAAGAUCCUUAUGCCAUUGUUCAAGGAUAGAACUGAACAUCCGGAAAUCCGAAUCGCAGCAAUUGUACAAGUUAUGCACACUUUACCGGAUCGCAGUAUUCUGGAUCAGAUCGCUCAAGCACUCUACUAUGAAACUUCACGUCAUGUGCUCACGUUCGUUUCAACAAUGCUGCAGUCGUUCGAAAAAUCCGAGAAUCCUUGCGAAAAACAACUCGCUGAAGAUCUGGCGGUUGCUCUUCGUCUUGUACAUGUUGAUACGACACGAUGGAGUGAUAGCAAAUACAUGCAUAUGCCGGUGUAUAGCGAGGCUCACAAAGCUGGUGUCACAUUCGACUUUGCGACAAUAUUCGCCAAUGACAGUAUCCUGCCACGUCAUUCGAUUAUGAGCUUUGACACGUUGCAGUUCGGUCAAUGGAGAAAAGAGACUGCACAACUGGGCUUCAUUCAGUACCAUCUUGAACAACUCAUUGAGAAACUGAUGGCAACAAUUGAACGUACUGCAACGAGACAUCACUCAACUCGAUCUGGUCCAGCACAAAUUCUUCGCUCAUUGUAUGAAGGCCUUAAGAUUAGAAGUCGUCGUGAAGAAGCAGAAGCACAUGCUCUUUUGUAUGUGCGUCGUUUCGGUAUGGACCUAGCAUUGGUGCCGUUGGAUGCAGAAACCCUUCCCGAACUUUUCACGAAUGGUGAAGAGAUUGAUAUAGACCGUUUCAUUGCGCGCUUGACCCGUGGUUAUCACUUCAGCGUUUAUUUCGGUCAUUUCUCACAUGAGAAUUACCAUAAAUUGCCAACAACUGUUGGCAUACCACUUCAUUUCUGCAGCAAAAUGCCAACUGUUAUCGGUUUGGAAGGAGACGUGAAACUUUCAUUCGAACCUGAACAAUUCGCAAAUGUCAGGUCGAUAAAACUCGACAUCAAUGUAAGACCAGCAUUUACCGCAGCACACCUUGCCGAGAUGUAUAGCGUUAAUCCGAUCAACAUGAUAAGGCCCAAGAUGAUUCAAUUGGUUAAAGUGAAUUUGCCAAUCAACGCAAGAUUGGAAGUUAACUUUGGCCAAAAGACCGAAGUGAAGUGGAUCUGGAAAGUUCCAGAUGAGAAGAAGCAAAUCUUAUUGGCACAAACUCGCACCGUAACCAGCACAAGUAAUCCACGCAAUUCAAAGACAUUCAUAGAACCAAAAGACAAGACAGCUCAUCUCAAAAACCAAAUUCAUCACGUUAUCUCACCUGAGAAGACUAUUGGCAAGAACUGGCUGGGUGCAUUGAUGCAUAUUCGCGGUCAGUGGCAUGAAAAUGCCAUACAAAUGCUUAAAGAAACACCAGUAGCAUUCCUUGCCGGUGAGAAUGAAUUGGAAGUGACAAUCGAGAAGGAUCGUGAUGCACCAACAAAUGAAAUUGUUACCAAAUUCGAAUUCGAAUUACUGAGAAAUCACAAGAUGACAAUGAAACACUUGAAAGAUUUCUAUUCUGAUGAUGAAUAUGAACGUAAGGUAUUCGCUAGUGAGACGAAAGAUGAGCACACUCAUACUCAUCGAUACGGUAGAGAUGGACGAAUGGAUCAGGACGAAUAUGAGCCGUCGAAAGGACAUAAGCUUCGCAUACAUAUGGAAAUCGAAACAAUUGGUUCAACAUCAAAGCGCGCAGCUGACAUGGAGAUCUUAACGGGUUGUGACGAUAGGGCUCGAUACUGUGAGGUGGACAUUAACGCUCGUCGCAAUCCAAUCUAUGAAAACGAGCGUCGCGAUUGGACGAUGAGGGCCAGAGCGGAACAGCUGUAUCCAGAAGCAGUUCGAUCGAUGAAAGAUCUGAGCGGCAACAAGCCUCGUCAUAUGAUUGCAAAGGUCCAUGCUGAAUGGGGAAGUGAUAAGAAGCAAAAGAUGAAGGUGAAAAUUCAAGCAGGACAAAGUGCUGAGCAAAAGAGUUUGGUGGAAAGAAUAAGCGACACAAUGCCAAUAGCUCAGCACCACAAAGACGUUACCCUGGCUGCACAGCUCAAUGAAUACAAAUUCCUCGCUGAAUAUAAGGUCGAACAACACAGUAAACAUUGCCUAAACAACAUGCUAACAAUGUUGAGGUCAUGGAACAUUUGGAAUUCAUACUCUGAAUAUGUAGAGAAUCCCGAUAACAAACUCUACGCAAAGCUCACUGUCAACCCAGAGAAGCAUCAUAUGGUCAACUUGGCUCUUCACACACCAACAGAACAUGUCAAGCUGCACGAUCUAAAAUUACCGAUGAAUCUGUACCCAUAUGUUAUGGAAGUGCAUCAGCCAGUCACUCACGCUGACUCAUUCACACGAUUCUUGAAGAGACUGCUUGCAAAUGAUAGAGCUGAAUGCAGAAUUACAUCACGUCGUGUCGACACGUUCGAUGAUGUCGAAAUUAACAUGCCAUUAACAACGUGCUACAGUGUACUUGCCAAGGACUGCAGAUCCGACAAUCCGAAAUUUGCGGUGCUGAUGAGGAAACUCAAAACGGACUCAGAAGAAAUGAGAAUGAAAAUAAUCAAUGAAGAGCAAGUAAUCGAAUUAGAGCCGAUCAGAGAUGAGAUUGAAGUGAAAGUUGAUGGCACAGAGAUGACUGACGAUGAACGUUUGCAAGAGUUGGGAAUCGAGAAGAGAGAUGAUAUGGUAACGGUUGAAUUGGAAGAUGUCAAGGUUCGUUUCGAUGGACGAACAGCAUCAAUCAAACUUUCACCACUGUUCAAGAAUGGUCAAUGCGGUAUUUGUGGAGAUUAUGACGGAGAGAAGAUUGAUGAAUUACGUACAGCAGAUAAUGCGUUAACCGACGACUUGGAAGAAUAUUCGCGUAGCUAUUUGCAUCAAGAUGAUGAAUGCAGUAUUGAGGAGGACGUUAUCAAGGAGAAAAAGUAUUAUAAGCUGGAUGAUGAUGUUGAUGAAUGGUUGGACGAUGACGAAGAGGACAGAGAGGAGCAUCAAAUUAAGAUUAUCGCGUUCAUUUCAGAACCAAUCAAGCGAACGAAAAUAAUCGAACACAACUUCGAAGUAUGUUUCUCAAUGACGCCAGUAUUGCAAUGUCCUGAGAAGUCCUAUGCUCUUAGUGAUAUGAAGGUUAACAAGAAAGUGGCAUUCACAUGCAUACCGCGCACCGAUCAUCAAGCCACCAAACUGAUUUAUCGUUCACGUUUCGAAACUCUUGAUAUGAGCGCCUAUACAAAGAGCUUCGUUGAGGAAAUUGUCAUUCCAGAGGGCUGUCGCACUUUUUAA